GCUAGCUAACAGUGCUAACACCAGAGGCUCAGGUUUGAGUUUCUGUUGAUACCAGGUAACAUAUAGGUAUGCCAAUGGGAAGUCACUUCAAACCAGACAGGCUAAAAGUUAACCUCAGGCUUGUCAUCAACCGUCUCAAGCUGUUGGAAAAAAAGAAAACUGAGCUUGCUCAAAAGGCACGGAAGGAGAUAGCUGAUUACCUGGCAUCAGGAAAGGAUGAGCGGGCACGGAUCCGCGUGGAGCACAUUAUCAGAGAGGACUACCUGGUCGAGGCAAUGGAGAUCCUGGAGCUUUAUUGUGACCUGUUACUGGCUCGAUUUGGCCUCAUCCAGAGUAUGAAGGAACUGGACCCAGGUUUACAAGAGGCAGUUUCCACCCUCAUCUGGGCAGCCCCGCGCCUCCAGACAGAGGUGUCUGAAUUGAAAGUUGUGUCUGACCAACUGUGUGCAAAAUACAGUAAGGAGUACGGUAAACUGUGUAAGACAAACCAGAUUGGCACAGUCAAUGACAGGCUGAUGCUCAAAUUGGGUGUGGAGGCCCCUCCCAAGAUAUUGGUGGAGCGCUACCUGAUAGAGAUAGCAAAGAACUAUAAUGUGCCUUAUGAAUCUGACGCAAUGGUCCGGCCUGAAGUGUGUCUUGGGGAGGAGGCAGACCUGAUUGAUGUGAACAAUGAAAAGAGAUUUGGUGGAAGAGGUGGUGGUGGUGGCGGCGGUGGCGGCUUUAGUGCUCCUCCUGUGCCCAUGGGCAUGCCCAUGCCCAUGCCUAUGCCAACAGCUUUCAACUAUCCACCUCCCAAAGGAGCUGAACCAUUUAAUGCCCCCUUUGGAACCUACAAUAACAUCAGCGACUUCCAGCCCGUCAUGGGAGGAGGCCAGCCUCCUCAGCUGCCCACUUCUCCCCCCACAUAUGAGUCUAUUGAUGACCUUUCUGACAAACCAUUUCUUCCUUCCCAGACUGUAGGUCCUGGCCCGUCAUCUCAGAAGUUUGACACCAGUGCCCUCCCAGAACUCCCCUCCGUUCCUGACACACUCCCCACGUCCUCCGUUGGCAGGAACACCACCACCUCGGAUGACAUUGAUUUUGAUGAUUUAACACGCCGGUUUGAGGAGCUGAAGAAGAAGAAUUAAUUGUUCUAUUUCUGGUCUAAAACACACACACACAGCCUGUGUUCUCAUUUCUGUAAUGCAUAAUAGGAAAUAUGAGGCUCAGAAUUAGAUUUGGAUAGUUUUUGCCCCUUUCUACACUGAAAAUGUUCAGUAUACCCAUUCUCUUACCUCAUCUAGAUAAAUGUGAGCAGCUUACUGAGGGUGUUGGCUCACUUUAUGUUUAUUUAGCAGAAAUCUGAUUUAUUUUGGACAAGGCAGUACCGGUGCGUACCAUGUGGUUUUAUAUCUUUUAUACACUGACCAUCAUAUAAAUUAAUGUACAAUCAACAGAUUCUAGCCACUUUUCACUGCUAUUUACAUCCUGUACCCCCCCCCCCCCCCCAAUUUGUCAGUGAUGAAUUAUAAAUGUAACCAAAUUUAGCGUUUAGUCUUAUUUAUUGUUGCUUUUGUUUUUCCUCUCUUCCUGGCAUUUUGGGUUAAAAUAAUGUAUUCUGUAUCUGCCUUCAGCUUGCUGUGCACAGUGUGUUGCUGUGACCUUUGAAAGGGCGUCACAGUUCUGACUCAGACCAGUCAAACAAGCCUAACUGGCUGCUACAGUUUUGGUAUGAAGUCAGCAUUCUCUUGGGUGACAUAGACAGGAGAUUUUUUUUUUAAGGCAGGCCUCCAACACCCAACAGUUGUUUUUUUGUUUUUUUCUCUCUCUCUCUCUCUCUUGCUCUCCUCCACUAAGACAGCAGCAGUGAUUACUGGUUGAGAGGCAAGCUGCAUUUUCAGCAUUGGCCCAGUCAUGUAAUUUUGUAAUUAAGAGAAGACUACUUUGAACACUCCUUAAAUUACUGGGGAUCUGAAACCAUAAGAUUUUUCCAGGGCUGCAACUAAUUAUUUUCACAGUUGAUUAAUCUAAUGAUUAUUUCCUUGAAUGAUUGUUUUUGUUUUGUUUUUUUUCACAUAAAAUGUGAGAAAAUGGUGAAAAUGUCAGUCAGCAUUUCCCAAAGCCCACAAUGACAUCAUUGAAAGUCUUGUUUUCUCCAGAUCCAAACAUAGCAAAGAAAAUUGCAAACCAACCAAUAAAGUACUUACAUUUAAGAAGCUGAAAUCAGGGAAUUUGCAGAUUAAUUUAAAAGAAAAAAAAGAUUCUAAAGUUAAUCGAUGAGUAAAACAGCUGGUGAUUUACAAUCUAUUUGGUUAAUCGUUGCACCUCUGGAUUUGGCUACAGUGGAACAGAAAUGUGAAGCAUCAUGAUGACUGUCAAAACUGAUUUGGACAAAUACUGGAACAUAGCAGCAGUAUGGAAAUCUGUGAUGUACUGCAUGCACAGUGACAGCCAGAUGAUUUAUGCAGAUUAUUAAUGUAGGAGUUCUUCAGUACUUUACAAAUCAGAUUUAUAUACAUAUAUUUCCAGUUUAGUUCUCUCGAAUGUUAUUUUUAUCAAAUACUUGCACUUUGCCGUUGAACUGCUGCAUUAAGAAGCAACAGACAAACUGCAUUCCAGGCGUCAUACAGCCUGAUUUGAUGUAAAUAUUGACUUCUGCAUUAGCUUAUUCUCAGCAUGUGCACGUCUAAUCCUGCAUUUGCCUUAGGAGUCAUUUCUCAUGAGAGGCCUUGCCAUUUUGUGUUGAGAUUUAUGUUAUGCAUUUCUUACUUAUCCAGACUUCACAGGUAACAAACACACUACCUGCAUUUAAAGUUUGAAUUUCCACAGUUGUGUUUUGUCAGCAGAGGGGGAUGUGGGGUCUGGACUAAAAAUGUUUUUAUGUGGUGUGUGCAUGGCAAAGAGGACGGCCGUCAGCAAGAUGAUUCAGCAAUUUCCAGAAAGCAAAUGGUGCAUCUGAAAGCUUUUCAGCUGGCAGCAGACAUGGUUCAUGAGUAGUUUAUGGGGAAAUAUGAGAGCGUAACACUACACAACUGAUCUGCUCACUGUCUUUGUUCUUCUGUGUUGGACUGUUCUUUCAUGCUAAAGUUUGAAAAGAUGUGAAUUGUUGCAGAAAAAAAAACAGGUUUAAUGCUUUUCCACUGUAUAACAAAAUUUAAAAUUUAAUAAAAUACUAUUUAGAACUG